ACGUACAGAAGAUCUCCCGUUCUCUCACAAUCCCGCGAUAAUUUGUGUUUCGCUGCCCUUGCUGUCGGACUCAAGAUGGGUUAUUGGGAUUUAGAAGAAGGGAAGGACUGCAUAGAAAAGACAUGGAUUACCACGAAGCUGGGCACCGCGCUUGGUCUGGUGGGUUCAGCCUACCACAUUGUGGCCUUUCAGCCAGAUUCUGCUAUGCAGGCCAUUCAGAGAGCCACAGCUGGUACAGUGACCAUGGCAUCCCUAGGGGCCAUCUUCGGCAUGACCACCUGCCUGAGCGCCCAGUUGAGAGAUGCCCCUGACGAUCCCGUGAACUACUUCAUCGGUGGCUGUGCGUCGGGAGUCUUCCUGGGAGCUCGCACUCACAGCGCCAUGACGGGGACGACGGCCUGCCUGGGGCUUGGGACCGUGGCCAUGCUUACCAAGGUGGGCAAGAAGGAAGGGUGGAGAUUCUCCGGCACCCCCAAGCUGUGACCCCUCAGCCUUGCUGAUGUCCUGGACCACAGCGCUACUUGUACAAUGUAGAAUAAUAAACAUAUUUAAAUACA